AUGACUGGUGACUUUUCUCAAGACCUGUACUGUUUUCCAGGCUCUAAUGCCUCGUGUGUUAUAGCACAGUUUGGUGUGGGGACCAAAUUUGCCCUUUAUUUGUUGUUUGCUUUGGGCAUGCUGGUUACCAUUUUGGGGAACUCUGUUAUUGUGUCAAUAAGUCAUUUCAAGCAGCUGCAUAAUCCUACUAACAUGCUUAUUUUAUCUCUUGCUCUAGUUGACCUACUAGUGGGUGUUAUUGUUAUGCCCUUCAGUGCCUUCUGGACCAUUCAUGGCUGCUGGUUCUAUGGUGAUGCAUUCUGUCUGCUGCACUCCAGUUUUGAUGUGUUUCUCACCACUCUUUCUAUCUUCCACCUAAUUUGCAUUGCCGUAGACAGACAACAAGCAAUUUGCAAUCCUCUGCAUUACUCUAGGAAAAUCACAAUGCCAGUGGCCUGGUUUAUGAUAUGUGUUAGCUGGACACUGGCUGCUGUCUACUCUUAUGGACUUUUCUCAAAGGCCAACAUCUUUAACCCCCUUUGGGGAGUCUUGGACAGUGUUAUCUGCUUUUUCUUUCCCUGCACUGUAAUGGUUUGUCUGUACACUAAAAUAUUUAUUGUGGUUAAAGAGGUUAAAGAGUUAAAGAGACAUUUAUAA